AUGUUAUCCAGAAUGAAAUUGCCGGGGAGCGCCGAGAAAAAGAGCCGCCCAACGGUCGCCUUAACCCCAAUGGAAAAAAGGUUGAAACAAAGAGCAGCCUUUGCUGCAAAUGAAAGCACACUCGUCGAGGAUAUUGUCUUUGAGCUCAGUUUGACCAAGACUAUUGUUAGCAUUACGUUUCUUUUGCUGGUUGGGGCAUCUCUUGCCACUUCCUACAUUCUGUCAGCUCAUCCUGAAUGUUUUGGUCAUCAACGGAAGGUCAACCUCGAGAAUCAAAUACUCCCCGGCGAAGUGCCCAUGCUUCGCUCCGGGUCGGCAUUGGGUUCUGCAGAGUCUUCUAUAAAGAAGACAGAAAAAAUGGAAAAUAUGAUUGAAAAGCACUCUCUGGAAUGCACAUCUGAACAAAUGGACAGUCUAAAAACUCAAUUACCUGGUACUCAAUGCGAGAGUAGUCCAUGGACCCAAAAGUGUUCCUUUACUCUGGCAACUACCAGAGGUUGUCAAGAUCCGUUAUGGGCACGUCAAUUCUUUGCUUCGACAGAUCUCUCGUCGCCUUUCAAGGCUCUAUUUGUCGAUUAUCUUCCAAAUGAUUCUCCAAUGUCAGAUUUUCCCAUUGACGCACUUUACCUGGGGUCUCACAAUACCGACGACAAGAAGUAUGAUAUUGGUGCCUGGAGACAGGCUGCAAAGGUAGAUCCCGCUUGUAAGAAGCCGGUAACACUCUCAGGGAAGAAGAAUUCGGCUCAGAGUGUGGUCAUGAUCAAGGACGAAGCUGCUUUUAACAGUGCAACACGAAUAAAGUCCGACCUUGGUCUGACCGACGACGACAUGUGGCUGGAACAUGUCAACACAGAGAGUAAUGCCAUGGUGAGAAAGUUUAUUGCACAAAAGUUUCCUGGAGACGAACCAAUUCACUACUUGAAGGUCAACGGUGGAUACAGCUUUUUGGCUAGUUGGUUCACAACCAACAACCUUUCCAAGGCAUGGUACCUUGAGUUCACUGCCAAUUGGGUAGGCGACUGGGGCUCUGGAGAUCUUGGUCUACUUUUGAAGAGUCUACUGCCGAAAAGUGGUUUCGUUUGUUACUGGGCAGGUUCUGACGAGAAGCUAUGGAGAAUUACGGGAUGCUGGCAAGAUCACUAUGCCUUCAAGACAUGGGCCAAUGUUGCCUGUGUGAACUCGGGAAAAGAGGAGACGAAACCUCUUUUGGACAAGAUGGAGGCUCUAUUCCAGAAGACGCUAGAAGCAGGCAAUACUUAUUGA